AUGGCCAUCUUCGCGGUAGCCGCGCGCUGCCACCUGCGCAUAAAGUUCAUGUCAAGGCUUGUGAUUGAGGAUUGGCUCAUGGUUCUCGCGCUGGCGCUCCAAAUCACGUAUCAAGUCGGCUUCAACUUAAUGUGCGACUGGGGCAGUGGACGUCCCUCGAACACGUUGACAUCCGAGCAGAAUUACAACAUUAACAAAUGGUCUUGGAUAUUUGCUCCACCUGGCUUCCUCGUGUCCAUUAUUGCGAGAGUCUCGAUUGCCAUCUUGCUGGUCCGCAUUUUUGGCACAAAAAGGUGGUUCAAGCUAUACAUGACCUGCUUUACCACAGUUCAAACUGCUGUUGGAGUCGCCUCAGUUAUCUUCCUGCUUGCGCAGUGCAAGCCAUACGAAGGUCUAUGGAAUAAGGCUGUCAUUCAGUAUUACUGGGACAAGAGGAUUUACCAGUACACAGCUCUUGCUCUACAAUUCUUCUUCGUGAUAUCAGACAUAACUUACGUAUUGUUUCCCAUUAUCAUUAUCUGGAAGCUCAAAAUGCGGACCCGGCGGAAGGUCGGUUUGCUGGUGGUCAUGGCAUUGUCGCUCGUGACCAUGGCAGCUGCUGUAGCCAAAAUCACUGUGUCGCUGAUUCCCAUGACCGGCUCCCCGCUAUUGGUUGCGCCUGCUGUACAAUAUUACACGUCCAUCAUCAACUUUACUUCGGACUGCGAACAGUGCCUAGUCAUAAUCAUGGGCUGUAUUCCAACACUGCAUCUAGCCACAAGACUCCAAUUACCUACGGUAAGCAAGUUUCGCGACAGUCUUUUGGGUCUUGUCUCAGGCCAUAGAAGCAAGACAAGCGUCCAGGAAAAGCACAUGCAGACUGGCUCCAGGUUUACUUAUGGAAGCGCCCAUAAAAACAGAGAUGAUUAUCAUGAACUCCAGCUCACGCCGAGAGUUCGCGUUUCGGACGAGGAGAGCUAUGGCAGUACCAGAGAGGCACUUGGGGGCCACAGUCGGUCUUACAUCUCAAGCCAGAUACCCCGUGUUCAUGCCAGCCGAAAUUUCGGCGAGAACGAAAUCUAUAGGACAGACAGCUCUACGGUCUCACACAAGCCACAAAGGGCUCACGAGGAGGUAUAGCACGAGA